AUGGAGAAGGUGAACAUCGAGCCAUGUGUGAAGAUGGACACCCAAACCCUUGAUCUUCUCAAGAUAAGAGAUGAUGUCACAUGGUACAUAAGGAAGCUAGGCUUGAGCAAGCUCUUCAAGCUAGAAUGUAGUGAGUACUCACAACUCACCAAGGAGUUCCUCUCUACAGUAGCUCUUGCCUUUCCCAACCACAAUGGAGACCAACCAGCUGGUGAAGGACUCCUACUCUUCAAGAUAGGCGAUGCCAAUGGGCGCAUAUCUAUCUCAGCUCUAUGCCAACUCUUUGGACUUCCCAAUGAGACAGCACAUGACUUCAAGGAGAACUCAAAGAGGAAACAAGCUGCCUUUGCUGAUUGGACACACUUUGCCAAUGAACCAUUCAUGCCUUCAAGGUCAAAGGUGUCUAGAAUCACUCAUCCAGCCAUUCGCUAUGUGCACCGCCUCAUCUCCACCACUUUCCAAUGCAAACAAGAAGCCAACAAGGUCACAACUGAUGAGUUCUACAUCCUCACCACACCAUUCAUCAAGCAUGAGUACAAGGCCAACCUUGGACUUUUACUUGCCAAGACAUUCAUCAAUGUGAGGAAGCUAGCUAAAGACUUGGAAGGCAACAAGAAGCUUUGUGUUCGUUUUGGGAGGCUUAUCACGGCCAUAGUACUGCAUGUGGGGAUUGACAUUCCCAACUAUGAGCCACUACCCAAGCCAACCCCUUUGGAUCUCCAUGCUCUUCAGCACAUCCACUUCCUAAACCGUUGGACUAAAGACCCAACUCGGUUUUGCUAUGAGUUUCCAAUUGGUCCAGCCAACACUUCCCUUGUCUUGCUGCCACAUGAAGACAUCCCAAGCCUACGCUCAGGAGUUGUCACUUUCCAGCCCAAUGAGGAAGACUUCUAUGUUCCAUCAAGUGAGAAACCAUCAUUCCCCAUGCUCACCUAUCGCACACUUCAGCAUGCAGUCAAGACUCAACGCCGCUCCAAGAACGCCAUGUUCUCACUACUGGCAUGGCUGCGCACCAAGCUCUAG